AUGACAGAAGCUGCAGUGCAGCAUGGAGCUUGGGGGUCCUGGGGAUCAUGGAGCACAUGUUCUCUAACAUGCGGCUCUAAGGACACACAAGGUCUGAGGUCCCGUACACGUGUAUGUGAUAACCCAGCACCUGUUGGACCCGGUAAACCUUGUCCUGGAGCUGACAGACAAACUGAAGUCUGUUAUCCUCCACAGUGUCCUACCUGUCAGGUACAUAAUGUUCCUGGGGCCACGGCCUCGGUAUCUGCAGCAAGAAUAUAUGAAAAUGAAUACGUGCGUUAUUACUGUCUACCAGAACACAAACUGGUCAGCGGGAGUCUGAAAAGAACAUGUCAGGCUGACGGCACUUUAACAAACGAGGAGCCACAGUGCAAAAAAUGCUGUGGAAAGGCACGUUUUAUCAUGCACGGUUAUCCCGACACGUCUGCCUCCUUGUGCUAUGGCGACCAUGUGAACUAUCUGUGUGACAGAGGUUACAAGUCCUCAAACAGCACGCCUAUCGUCUGCUCGUCACCCUACGAAUGGAAGUACAUACCCCUGCCUAAAUGUGAACCGACUGGCGACUGUGAUCCAAAUGACAUCCAGCCCCCGCAGGGUGGCCAUAAAGCUUGCAGCGCCAUCGGCACAGGAAAGGCCUGCUACAUGAGGUGUGGCGAUGGUCAAACGUACACCGGUGGGUCUGAUGUGUUUGAAUGCAACGUCAAAACAGACUGGGCGUGGCAAGUAAGGGUACUUGGAGGAGCUGGUUACAUGCCUAGCGCUGUAGGAAUGUGUCAAGUGUCAGAUAGCGAGUCUGGAUUCCUUGCAUGGGUUGAGGGUUUGGAAACUGAGACGACAUCGACAGAACCGGAAGAGAGUUUGGAGGAAUCGAUUAUGAAAGAAAUGAGACAAAAACUUGCUGAUGCUAAUAUCUGCACCGCAAGUUGCACAAUUACAGACAUUACAAUUGAGGCAUCAAGGAGCUUGGUGCGCAGAGAUGUAGUUUCCCAGGCACGACUGUUUAGUAUUAAGGUAGCGUUCUAUGCUUCCCCUCCGAAAGGAUCUGUCACCAGUCAGCAGACAGCAAGAAUAGAACUAUCCAAGGCACUCAAAUCCUUGAAAAUCCAGGCGGACGCUUUUAAGCAGGCAAUCGUAUCCGGGUCGAUUGUACUGCAAAUUGGUGGAGCACCUGCCAGGCUGAAAGGGGACAACAUCCGGGUAUCCAAGCCAUUUCUGACGUGUCUUUCAGGUUCCAUUAGGAAAGGUUUCAAUUGCUUCACUUGCCCAGUUGGCACGUAUCAUAACAAAGAUGAAAAGCAAUGUUCGUCAUGCCCAUUUGGUCAGUAUCAGGACCAACCCGGUCAGAUGUCUUGCAAACUGUGUCCGAAUGGCACCACCACAGACAGAUUAGGAAUCAGCAACGUCACACACUGCAGAGAGUACGAGGGGUGUAACUGUGGAAUACACCCGUGCAAACUAAAUGGAUCCAAGUUUGAGUGCAAUUGUCUUCCUGGUUAUGAAAACAUCAAUGGGACAUGCAAAGAUAUCGACGAAUGCAACAGUGACAUAUGUCCAGUGAAUGCCAGGUGUAUCAAUAAAGAGGGGUCUUACAGGUGUGAAUGUCUUACUGGUUACGAUGGGAAUUUCUGUACAGAUGUCGAUGAGUGUAAGUACCCGGACAGCUGCCCCAGUUCUGGAAUGCAGUGUAUAAACACCGUGGGGAGUUACAAGUGUGCAUGUCUUGUUGGUUACUAUGGAAACAAUUGCGAUCAAAGAUGCCCCGAUGGAUUUAUAGAAACAAACAAACGCUGUUUGUUCGUUUCGGCAGCUGUGGUUACCCAUAGCAACGCAUCACAGCUGUGUGGAAGCGUUCACCCUGGUGCACAUUUGGUGGACAUUAAGGACAAAGUGACAUACAAAACGGUCACCAGCUUUCUAAAUCCACCAAACUCUUACUGGAUGGGUCUUAACGACAAAGAACAAGAAGGAACUUUCGUUUACAGUGACGGGAGUAAAGUUGACACCCUGUACAACGAAUGGGAUACAGGGCUGACCCUUCCUGCGUCCAAUGACCGCACCAAGAACUGUGCCGUGAUGGACGGAAACACAGCUUUCCAGUGGAGGGUCGUCCCUUGUGAUGAAUCAAACUAUGCUGUAUGCGAGUUUGAUAAAGUGUAA